GUACAAGCAAGCUGUCGCAUUUUUUUGCAACUUGGUCUCUAAUUACUGCAGUACAUUGCUACAUCUUUGAGCAUCAGGUUGGUUUAACAAAGCUACUAUCAUGAGCCUAAACAGACUUGUGCGUCUUCUGCUGCUAGUCGUCGGCACAUCCUUGAUUGUGUUCUUGGCUUUUCGUCUUCGUCCCCACGUCAUCAAGUACGCGAUGAGGCCCACCGGAAGUCGGUGUGACGUAAACAAGAUGGAUGCUGUGGCACAUCCGAUGAGCCCUUUACAACUGGAAGAAGAUUUUGGCUCAGGACCAUUGAGCAGUGUUCGUCAAAAAGGUUACGUCACAAACCUAUCCAGCUUGGAUCUAGACAAGUUAUCCACAGAGGAAAUUCUAAUGACAAUCCACAGUUAUCCAGAUAACACGGAUACUUUAUGCCGAAGGAAAUUCCGCAUGGGCAACAUAGGGGACGGGGGGUGGGAGAUCUGCGACGACCCAGACAUCCGUCCCCGGGCCCCCUGCAUCAUCUACUCACUCGGCAUCAACUUCGACUUCUCUUUUGACGACGACGCCGCCAGGCUUUACGGGUGUCACGUGUACUCAUUCGACCCCAGCAUGGAGAAAGAAAAAGAUCAAUACAACAGGUCUGAUCGAGUCCAUUUCUACAAGAUCGGCCUGUCCGGAAGUACAUACGUAAACAGUAACAAAUGGCAGCUCUACACGUUAGGUGACCUACGGAAAAAACUGGGCCACCAGAACUCGACCAUCGACGUCAUCAAAAUGGACAUUGAGAGCUCCGAAUGGGAGGCGCUGCCAGAGAUGGCGUCUUCCGGCGAGUUAGACAAAGUUCGGCAACUCCUGCUCGAGUUUCACAUUCUAGAGGAGAAGAGAGAUUAUUUAUUGCCGAGACUGAAGGCCAUGCAGGCAAUCGAGAAAAGUGGGCUGAAAAUAUUCUACACGCAUAAAAACCACGCAUGCGGUACAAAAGUUUCGUGUUUUCCCCUUCGGAGAUCAAUGUGCUACGAGGUGCAUUAUCUUAGAAGAUAAUCCUAAUGUUUAAAGGUGCGCACUUCUCUCUGUCUUACUUAUAACCGAGGUCAUGAGAUCAGAUUCUUCAGUAAUAUAGGUAGAACUUAAAAAUGUACUUUUAAUGACACAAAUUUCUUAUAAACGAGGUCAUGAGAUCAGAUUCUUCAGUAAUAUAG